AUGGAAGCCGAGGAACAGGAGGAAGAUUCCAGCUCCCUCUCAAAGGACGAAUCAGAGACUAACUCACGUGGCUGCCUCCGCUAUGUGCCCCUGGGGAUAGUCCUCCUUUUGCUGGCUGGAGCUGCUGCAGCAACCUGGUACUAUCUAGACUACAGACCGUGGCACCCGGAACCAACCAUCCUGCAGUUUUACUCUGGCAGCCUCCAGGUCCUGAAUCGCCAGUACUCGCCGGACCUUGGGCAGGUGGAGUCCAGCACAUUCUGGUUGGAGUCAGCUAAGCUCCAGAAGAUGCUGAAGGACCUGAUUCGUGCCACAGAGCUGGGUCGAUAUUACAACUCGAGCACAGUGUAUGCCUUUGGGGAAGGGGCUCUGACCUUCUUCUUCUGGUUUGCCCUUCAUAUCCCUGAGAGUCAGCAGAAGGAGGUGACUGCUGAGAGGGUAAACACAAUGCUCCACCAAGAGCUCUCCACCAGAUUCAACAGCUCAGACAGCCUGUCCUACCAGAUGGAGUACAGGGUCAACCCAGACUCACUGGUUCUGCUGGAAUCCAGUGUGAAAGACAUAGUAGUGCUGAAAUCCACUCUGGGUUGCUACAGGUACAGCUAUGUCCAGGAGGAUGACAUCCUAAGACUGGAGGGUCCCGACUACCUGGCCUCCAGUUGUCUUUGGCACCUCCACGGCCUGAAGGGCUACAUGAUCAAGAUACACCUGGAGUGGACUCUCCCGGACUGCAGGGAUCGCCUGGUUAUGUACGACGCAGCCGGGCCCCUGGAGAAGCACCUCAUCACCUCGAUCUAUGGCUGCAGCCGGCAGGAGCCCGUUGUGGAAGUCCUUUCGUCUGGCCCUGUCAUGUCUGUUGUGUGGAAGAAAGCCAUGUACAGCUACUAUGACCCCUUCAUCCUGUCAGCGCAGGCGGUGCCCCUCAAAGCCUGCACAGUGAAUAUAACUCUGCGGGAGGGCCUGGAGCCACAGGGGAAGAUCAGCACCCCACACUACCCCAGUUACUACUCUCCCAACACGCAGUGCACCUGGCACAUGACGGUCCCAUCCCUUGACUACGGGGUCACCCUGUGGUUUGACGCCUACGCGCUCAACAGACAGAAGAAUGACCUGCCCUGUACCCAAGGCCAGUGGGUAAUUCAGAACAGAAGGUUGUGUGGCCUGAGGACCCUGCAAGCCUACGCAGAGCGAAUCCCGGUCAUGUCCUCCACAGACAUCACUAUCACCUUCACCUCACAGAUCUCCUUAACUGGCCCUGGCGUACAGGCAGCUUACAGCCUGUACAACCAAUCUGACCCCUGUCCCGGGGAGUUCCUGUGUUCGGUGAACGGCUUGUGCGUCCCAGCCUGUGAUGGGAUCAAAGAUUGUCCCAAUGGCCUGGAUGAGAGGAACUGUGUGUGCCCUGCCAAGUUCCAGUGCCGCGAGGACAGCACGUGCAUUGAGUUCAGCAGGGUCUGCGAUGGGCAGCCGGACUGUGCCCACGGGAGCGACGAGGAGCACUGCAGUGGAGGGGUCCCCUGUGGUCCCUUCACCUACCGCUGUGAAGAUGGGACCUGUGUGAAGAAGCCCAACCCCCUGUGUGACACCACUGCAGACUGCGAGGACCUGUCCGACGAGCAGCGCUGUGACUGUGGGCUGCAAGCUCCCCUCAACAGGAUCGUGGGGGGUGCAAAUUCCGUGGAAGGGGAAUGGCCAUGGCAGGCCAGCCUGCAAGUUCGGGGACGCCACAUUUGUGGGGGGACGCUCAUUGCUGACCGCUGGGUGGUCUCAGCCGCUCACUGCUUCCAGGAUGAGAGACUGGCCUCCACCUCCAUCUGGACCGUUUACUUGGGCAAAUAUUUUCAAAAUGCCACCAGCCACACAGAGGUGUCCUUCAAGGUGAUACACCUCUUCCUCCACCCUUAUUACGAGGAGGACAGCCAUGAUUAUGAUGUUGCCCUGCUCCAGCUGGACCAUCCUGUGAUCAUCUCACCUUUAAUCCAGCCCAUCUGCUUGCCUGCUCCUUCUCAUUUCUUUGAGCCUGGCCUUCAUUGCUGGAUCACUGGCUGGGGAGCCCUCAAGGAAGGCGGGCACAUCAGCAAUGUUCUGCAGAAGGUGAACGUGGAGCUCAUCCAGCAGGACAUCUGCAGUAAGGCCUAUCACUACAUGAUUUCACCCAGGAUGCUGUGUGCUGGGUACCACAAGGGCAAGAAAGAUGCCUGCCAGGGUGAUUCUGGAGGUCCGCUGGCCUGCAAGGAACGCAGUGGCAGGUGGUUUCUGGCUGGUUUGGUCAGCUGGGGAAUGGGAUGCGGACGUCCAAAUUACUAUGGAGUAUACACCAGGAUUACUCAAGUGCUGGGCUGGAUGAACCAAACCAUGAACUGA